GAAGUUCUAGGCAUAACCACAUCAACCCAACACUGAACUCACUCAUACUAUCGCUCCUCACAGACUCCGCUCUUACAAGCCUUCCAUCGCACCCGCACGCAGCAACACGCAAGCCGCCUGGCAAUUUACAAAUAUGUCAACAUAUUCUGUGCUAGCGCUAGCUGCGCUGGUGCUACUGCUAUCCGGCAACCGGGCAGUCGAUGCAGUUGAUGCCCCGGGCCGCGAAGAGCAGCCCUGCGCGCGGAGCUGCCACACCAUCAACUGCGACAAUGUCGGUAUCCGAUAUGGCCGGUUCUGCGGCGUGGGCCACGGCGGCUGCCCUGGCGUGAAGCCGUGCGACCCCGUGGAUAAGUGUUGUCAAAAGCAUGACCUCUGCGUUGAGAAGGAGAGCGUAUUCUCGUCCAAAUGCCACAAGCGCUUCCUGACAUGCCUAGAGAAGCAUAAAGAGAAGGACCAUGAAGGCUUUGCGCCCAACACGUGUCCGUACAGUGUAGUCAUCCCGACAAUGAAGGCCGGAAUCGAGAUGGCCAUGAUGUUUACGGGCGGCCUGGAGGAGCUGUAAUGUCGUGAGCUGCGGGAGGUGGCGACAAUGCAACUGGGGGACAGUGAAGAACUGUGACCUGGUGCAUCUCCUAGGCACGCACGCGAGACAUGCAUGUGUAAACCGCAGUACUUGCAGCAGACAGCAGAGUGCACAGGGAAGACGUGAGUGGGAGCAGCAGAGGGGCACUGUGUACGCCGGCAGCGUGGCGGCAACCGCCCCAACUCCUAACGGACGACCAAAAGUGAUUGGAUCCAUGACGGUAUUGUAGCCAACUGAUAACGGAUGGCAAGGGAGCUGCCGCAGGUGAUCUGGGGGGGUUGCUGGCAGUUGGCGCGGCGCGCUACUGGGAGCGUGUAGUUGCGCAGGCGGCCGGCUGGGAGCACGGUUAAAUAUUUAUGGGUGAUUUUAUGAAUGGCGGCGCUGCGAAGCUGGCUGUUGGCGUGGCGCACGAUUGGAAGCCUGUAGUAUCGUGCGGUAGCAUCUGGGAAGCUGCGUGUGGUACUUGUGUAAAACUCAGAUGAG